AUUGUUUUAACUCUGAAUUAGAGGGUUGUGGAGUUCUUGUGAUAAUAUCCUUAGAUUGUCAUUGUGAUAAGGGUGAAUGUGAUUUACAAGAUGAAUCAAUGGCUUUUGGGAGUGAUCGAAGCAGAUUUCAAGAUAUAUAUUUUACAGGAAAGCGAGCUGUUGAAGACAAAAAUAUUGGACCUUUAGUAAAAACUAUUAUGACCAGAUGUAUUCAUUGUACUCGUUGUAUACGCUUUGCAAGUGAAGUAGCAGGUGUAGAUGAUUUAGGUACAACAGGGAGAGGUAGUGACAUGCAAGUUGGAACGUAUGUAGAGAAAGUGCUGGCUUCAGAACUCUCAGGGAAUAUUAUUGAUUUAUGUCCUGUAGGUGCUUUAACUUCUAAACCAUAUUCAUUUACUGCAAGGCCCUGGGAAACAAGGAAAACAGAAUCCAUUGAUGUGCUUGAUGCUUUAGGUUCUAACAUUAUUGUUAGUACUCGUACAGGAGAAGUUCUUCGCAUUCUACCUCGCUUAAAUGAAGAGAUAAAUGAAGAAUGGAUUUCUGAUAAAACUAGGUUUGCUUAUGAUGGACUGAAGUCUCAGCGGCUUGUAACUCCAAUGUGCAAAUCUGAGUCAGAUUCUCUCGGUCCAUGUGAUUGGGAAGAAGCACUUAUGAAAGUGGCAAAGCAGAUUAGAUCAGUUGCACCGAAUGAUAUUGCUGCUGUGGUGGAGUCUUCUUGUCGUGAAAUCUCUACACUGAAGAAAGGUUUCCUGUUUAAUGGAUCUGGCUGUGAUCUGAGGAGUAAUUACCUGUUGAACAGUAAAAUUGCAGGAGUAGAAGAAUCAGAUUUAGUUGUAUUGAUUGGUACAAAUCCAAGAUAUGAAGCACCUGUUUUUAAUGCUCGUAUUCGCAAAGCAUGGAUCCACAAUAAUUUAGAAGUAGCUCUUAUAGGACCUAAACUUGAUUUAACUUAUGACUAUGAACAUAUUGGAGACUCUCCUAACUUACUGAAAGAUUUAGCUUCUGGAAAGCAUCCAUUCGCUAAAAAAUUAGCUUCUGCUUAUAAUCCAAUAAUAAUUCUUGGGAGCAGUGCUUUGCAAAGACCAGAUGGAGCUGCUCUGUAUGCACUUGUGCAAAAAAUUGCUUUGCAGUAUCAGAAGUCAGAAGAUAAGAAAGUUUUGAACAUUUUACAUCGGGUUGCUAAUCAAGUCGCAGCUCUUGAUAUAGGAUAUAAAUCAUGCCCAGAAAAAUUAGAGAAAAAUCGGCCUAAAUUCUUAUAUUUGCUGGGAGCUGAUGAAGGACUCAUUUCAAAAGAGAAUGUUCCUGGAGAUUGUUUUGUUGUUUACCAAGGACAUCAUGGUGAUAAAGGAGCUGAAAUUGCAGAUAUUAUUUUACCUGGUGCAGCUUAUACUGAGAAACAGGCUACAUAUGUGAAUACAGAAGGACGAACACAGCAAACAUUACAGGCUAUUACCCCUCCAGGCUUAGCUAAAGAAGACUGGAAAAUAAUUAGAGCACUCUCAGAGGUGGCAGGAAAUAGAUUGCCUUAUGAUAAUUUAGCUCAAAUUAGGCAUCGAAUGGAACAAGUAGCUCCUCAUCUAACUCGAUAUGGUCAUAUAGAAGAAGCUAACUUCCUCACUGAAAGUUCUGCACUUUUUACAGAUCAGCCUUUAAGUUUGCAGUCGACAGCAUUAGAUACUGAAUUGAAAGAUUUGAAAGAUUUCUAUAUGACAGAUUCCAUCAGCCGAGCCUCUUCUACAAUGGCGAAAUGUGUACAGGCAGCAGAGAAGCUUAUUGCUCCUUAAGUUUUAUCUGUAAAUUCUAUUACUGUGUGGGCAAUUAUCUUGUCCCUGAAUAAUGAGAAAUGAAUUUAGUAAACAAUUUUCUUCAUGUAAAUGGCAGUAUUGUAUUAUAAAGAUUUUUGUAGAAUAAAAUAUUAAAUUAUUUACUUCUUUUUUAAUACAA